AUGUCCUUCUCAAACCUCAUCCCCGCGGCCCUCAAGCCCAAGCCGCGCAAACAACUUAAAUCGAACCCCCAGAAAACGUCCUACACCUCCAACGACGUCCCAAUCCCCGCUGACUUCCUCUCGGUCCCCUUGCCCGAGGACGCACCCCCCGUGACCCUUAAGAAAGUCGACUGGUCCGCAUCCGCGCUCCCUGAGAACGGGCCCCUCUACGCCGUGGUUCUAGACAACGUCCUCACGCCCCAGGAGUGCGCGCAGCUGAUCCGCCUGGCGGAGGACAGCGCGGUGAACCGCGGGGACAAGGGUGACGAACCGUGGCAGCCGGCGAUGGUGAACAUCGGGGCGGGGUGGGAAAUCCUGGAGUCGGAUUACCGGAAUAGUGACCGCAUCAUCUGGGACCAGCAGGAGGUUGUCGAUCGGCUCUGGGCGCGGUGUCGGCUUGCGCCGGGGCUAGAGGAGCAGCUGAGAGAGGUGGAAGGGACGAGCAAACCAGGGAAGGGGGAGGAGACGAGGUGGAUGUUUAACAGGUUCAACAAGCGGAUGAGGUUUUUGAAGUACCAAAAAGGGCAGUUUUUCAGACCACACUGCGACGGCCCUUACGGCGAAGAGGGCGAGGACGGGACCGUGUACCGGACGCACUACACCGUCCAACUCUACCUCAACGACUCUGUGGCCGAGGUGGGUAAGGAGAAAGCGGACCUUGUGGGCGGUGCGACGACGUUCUUGUCGGGCGACGAGAAGAGGCGGGUCAACAUCGACCCGAAGGCCGGCAGGGUGCUCAUCUUCCAGCACAAGAGACUAUUCCACUGCGGCGACGACGUCGUCACCGGAACCAAGUAUACUAUGAGGACGGAUAUUCUAUACGAGCUUGUGAGGACGAAGAUCAAGGUGGAUGGGAGUGUGGAGGGUGAGGGACAGCGUGAGAGUGCUUGA